AUGAAUGGAAUCAACGGUAGCCACGCCGCCCCGCAGCAACUGCGUCGAGCUGAUGAAGUCGACGAUCUGCUUGAUGCAGUCAAGGGAUUGAUUGUCCCGUACAUCAGAGCUGCAGAUGAGGCCGCGCCACAGAAGGCCGGGGGCAACACAUCAGUAAAAAUCGACGGAGUUCCAAGCAAUGUUCUCGUCGACACUCUGAAGCCCGAGGCGUUGGUUGAGAAGCUGAAGCUUUCCCUUCCCGCGGGCGAUGGACUCGGAAAAGAGGGCUUGCUCAAUGUGGUGCAGAAGAUCCUGAGGUACAGCGUCAACACCUGGGACCAAGGCUUCAUGGAUAAGCUGUAUGCCAGCAACACUCCUGUUGGGCUUGUUUCCGAUCUUCUCUUGUCGGUACUGAACACCAACCUCCACGUUUACCAAGUUUCGCCCGCCUUGAGCAUCAUCGAAAAGAUUACCGCUCGGAAGUUCGCAAACUUAUUUGGGUUCACCGGCCCUAGAGCGGGAGGAGUCACAUGCCAAGGAGGCAGCGCGUCCAACCUCACUUCCCUGGUAGUAGCUCGCAGUGCUCUGUACCCCGAGACAAAGAAGACUGGCAACGGUUCGUAUGAUUUUGUCAUCUUCACGAGUGCUCACGGCCACUACUCUGUUGAGAAGAGUGCGUUGGCAUGCGGUCUUGGGGCGUCAAGCGUCUGGGCGGUGCCUAUUGACUCCGAGGGCCGCAUGAUCCCGAAUGCUCUGCGGGAGCAGAUCGUUCGUGCCAAGUCUGAGGGCAAGACCCCUCUGUACGUCAACUCCACGGCUGGAACGACGGUGAUGGGCUCUUAUGACCCGUUCGAGGAGAUCUCCGCCAUCUGCAAAGAGUUCGGACUGUGGUUCCACAUCGAUGCCAGCUGGGGAGGAUCUGUCAUCUUCUCCCAGAAGCAGAAGUCCAAGUUACAAGGCGCCCAUCUGGCCGACUCUCUGACGGUGAACCCGCACAAGAUGAUGAACGUGCCGGUAACGUGCUCGUUCCUCCUGACGCCAGACGAGAAGGUGUUCCACAAGGCCAACACUUUGCCUGCCGGAUACCUUUUCCACAAUGUGGACGAAGAUGGCGACGUCUGGGACCUUGCCGACUUGACCCUGCAGUGCGGCCGCAGAGGUGAUAGUCUGAAGCUGGCUCUGGCCUGGAUCUACUACGGCGCCGGCGGAUUUGAGAAGCAGAUCGACCAUGCAUUCUCGCUGGCCGAGCGUCUGGCUACUCUGGUUGAAAAGAGCGAGAACUUCGUCCUGGUGUCCAGCAACCCACCGCCGUGUCUGCAGGUCUGCUUUUACUAUGCACCGAACGGUCAGCUUGCGGAAGACUCCAAGACGAACACCAAACGCACCAGCCAAAUGGUUCACAAGCUCAUCGAGCGUGGCUUCAUGAUCGAUUAUGCCCCUGGAGAGCAGGGCAGUUUUUUCCGUGUGGUCGUCAACUGCCAGACGCUGCAGGGGACUGUGGAUGGUCUGGUGAAGGCCUUGGAGGAGGUUGGCAAGGAGGUCGUGCAACCCGAUUGGCAAUUACACCGUUCAGCCUCCGUCAAAAUGCCAAAGCCGAGAACGAAACGUCAAGCUAUUCGCGACGAGCGAAAGAAGAAGAGGAGAGAGACACACGAAGCCAACUACGAUGCCAAGGACGAGGAGCGGCAGUCGAAGCGCAGACGUACCGAGGACGAGUCGCAAGAACAAGGCGAAGAAGGGGAGCAACAAGCCUACGAUGAUGCGGGCGAGCAACAACAGUCGUUCCCCAGCAAUGGCCCGGAGAGGGAAUUCUUUGGUAUGCUCGCCGACGAAGAGCAGGAGUACUUCCGCCGCGCCGACGAGAUGCUCGAAUUGAACCAGUUCCCCUCCCCCGAGGAUCGCGACAUCUUCCUCCAGAGCGUCUACAAGGAGGCACAGGGCAAGGAGCUCAAGCUGGCUAGCAGUCAAUCGCUGUCGCGUCUGAUGGAGCGGUUGAUUCUUCUGUCGAACACCAGGCAGAAGAAGCAAAUUUUCAACGCGUUCGCGACGCACUUCUUGUCUCUUGUCCAGCACAGAUUUGCGAGCCAUUGCUGCGAGACGCUGUUUCUGCAAUCUGCACCCGUCGUUACACAAGAGCUGGGAGGCGUUGUCCCCGAGGAGAAGAGCGAGGAAGAUACGGAGAUGCGGGAUGGAGAGGAGCCUGUGGAAGAGAGCACAAUGGAGAACCUCUUCCUCAUGACUCUGGACGAAUUUGAGCAACACAUGGGCUUCCUGCUCACCGACCGAUUUGGAUCCCACACCCUCAGAGUUCUACUGGUAGUGCUCUCUGGUCGUCCGCUGGAAGAUGCGGCGACCAAGUCCUUGUUGAAGAGCAAAAAGAAGGAGCACAUCACCGUUCACGGCGCCAAUGCCAACACACAGGAUCUCAACACCCAGCUGAGGGCUGUCCCGGAGUCCUUCACCAUGGCCACCAAGAAGAUCAUCCAGGACGCCGUAUCUGGUAUGGACUUCACAUCUCUGCGCGUUCUCGCGAAGCACCCGACGGGCAACCCUCUGCUCCAGCUUCUCCUCGAACUCGACAUCUCUCUCAACCACAAGAACGACAAGUCGUCCGCGUCAAACCAAGACUCGCUUCUCUACAGACUGCUCCCAGAUGCCCCCAAGUCUCUCAGCGACACCACCUCCGAGGCUGCAGACUUUGUCAACAGCAUGGUGUACGACCAGAUUGGCUCCCGCCUUCUCGAGACCCUCAUCACCCACUGCCCGGGCAAGAUCUUCAAGGCCCUCUCCCACAACUUCUUCGGCGAGCGCAUCGCAACCUACGUCCGCAACGACAUCGCAUCCUACCCCGCGCUCCGCGCUCUCAACCGAUUCAGCAAGGACGACCUCGUCGAAGCCGCUAAGAAGAUUCUGCCCAUAGUGCCAACCUUGGUCACGAAGCACCGCUACAAUGUCCUCAAGACUCUCUUCGAGCGCUGCGAGGCACGCCAGGCUUACGAGGAGAAGGCCGCCCUCACCAAGGCUCUCACUGACGCCCUGGGCGGCAACCCCAAGGACCUCAUUCCGAAGCUGUGCCAUCUUGUCGAGGAAGAGCCCGAAGAGGAGGAGCAGAAGUUUCAGCAAUCCCAAGCGCCGCAGAACAAGACUGCCAUCGCCGCGCACGGCGCCCACCUCGCCUCGACGAUGUUCAAGACCCCGGGUCAGCCUUCCAAGGUAGCUCAAAAGUCUCUCAUGGCCCUCCCCUCCGAUCUACUCUACCAACUCGCGACACAGUCCAUGCCGAAGAUGGGCGUCCUCACAACCGCCCUCGCCAGUCCCGCCGCACCCCAAAACGAAUUUUUCCACAAGGCCCUCGUUGGUGCCCUCGCACCCCAUGUCGGCGAUCUGGCCCAGUCUCAGACCGGCCACAACGUUGUCAACGCCAUCGUCGAUAUUCCCUCCCAAGGCAAGGACCGUUCGGUUCCGCUCCACGUGAAGCAGACCAUUAUGGCCUCGUUGGCGGAACACGAGCGGACGCUGCGUGAGUCGUGGUUUGGUCGCAGUGUCUGGAGGACGUGGAAGGGCGACAUGUGGAAGACGAGGCGGUCUGAUUGGGUUAAGUGGGCGAAGGGAGCCGAGGGUGAAGGUGAGGAGGUGAAGCUGAAGCCGUGGCAGAGGAGGAACUUGGAGCAGAAGAGGGCACAGGCCGGCAAGCCCCAACCUAAGGAGAAGAAGGAACAGGUGGAGGAGAACGCGGAAGAAAACUAG